GGGCCGGUGGCGGCGGCGUGGUGAUGCUUGCAGGCCGGGCCUUGCCGGGUGCUGCAGGCUGCCGCCGCCUUCUGGCGACGGCUCAAGCGGCGGGGCUGCGACCGCUGCUCUGCGGCCUACCGCUGUGCUGGGUGAUAGCGAGGCGGGCGGCGGGGCAGUGGCCGAGCCCGGGCCUACAGGUGCCGGAGGCGUCGGAGACGGAAUGGCUGGUGCAGCACUUGCAGGGGACCGCGGUGCCGUUCCGCCGCUUCAUCGCCUGCCCGCGCCUGGCCCGCACCGUGCAGCAGUGCCUGCAGGGCGGCGCCAGUCCCGACCACCAGCCCGUCCUGCUCGAGUACGCACCAGGUCCUGGAAUCUUGACUCGUACUCUGCUCAAUGCAGGUGUUAGAGUGGUAGCUCUAGAAAGCAGCUCAGCUUUUCUUCAAAACUUGCAGUCCCUAGAGAAUAGCCUGGAUGGACAAUUAAAAGUAAUUCAUGGUGACCUCUUCAGACUGGAUCCUUUGGGGACUGGACCAGUGAAACCACCUGCUAUGUAUUCUGACCAGCUUUUUGAAACCAUGGGUGUAGCAGCAGUUCCUUGGAGGGCAGAUGUACCUGUGAAAGUUUUUGGAAUCUUACAACAGAGAAAGGAAAGGAACAUACUUUGGAGGCUCCUUUUUGCCCUUUAUGAAUGCAGUUCCAUAUUCAGAUAUGGAAGAAUAGAACUCAACUUCUUUAUAAGUGAAAAAGAGUACAAGGUAUUGACAGCAAAGCCUAAAGAUGCAAGGGCUUACCAAGCACUUACUGUGCUUUGGCAAGUAGGAUGUGAAAUUCAGCUACUGCAUAUGGAACCUUGGUCAUCAUUUGUAACUAAUUCGAAAAAUGGGGGACUGGCAGUACCAAAAACCAUGUGGCUGCCAAAUGACCAUUUAUGUUUGGUACGACUGACUCCUCGGCAAGAUCUGUUCGCAGGAAGCUUGAAGCCCACAAAUUCACUUCCCUUUAUUUUCACGGUGAAACAGUGUCUUGCUAAACCUAAGUCUAAACUUAUUGACAGAUUAAAUUCAUGGAGCUUGGACAAGGGUGGCAAAUUGCUGAAAGAGCUAGAAAUUCCCCAGAAUGCGAGAACACGUGACUUGUGCCCAGAAGGCUACAGGCGUCUCUUUGAGGCUUUGCAAACCUCUGAUAUGUUCACUGAAACCUGGUUCCAUGAUGACGCCUUGGAAAGUAUAAGGAACAUAUAAAUCUACAGCUGCUGUCUUUUGGAAGAGCACCUUUGCUUCUGGAAGAUUACUUUGAUAAGUAAAGAUUUAAAAAUUGGGAGAUGCUGUUAGCUAGAUGAUUUCCUGUGCAAACCGGAAAUUAAAUUUAGCGAGUAACAAAAGCCCUUCUGCACAGGAUGAAAGUAACAGGUUCAGUUAUUUGAUCACAAUCCUAUCUAGACUGGACAAACUUUGCAUCUUUUCCAGGAGCUUAUUAGCAACCUGCUGCUUUUGGAUGUGCCACUUAAAUGGAACUUUUUGUUACGUUGCUGUAUAUUUACAUU